CGCGGGCGGGGCGGGGCGGCGCGGGGGGCGGGGAUUUCUGGCACUUUCUGGGCGCUGCGAACCGGCAGAGCCCGGGCCGGAGGCCGGAAACGCCCGCGAGCGCGGCCCCGCGGCCCCGUUUCCCCGCCGAGCCCGCGCCCCCCGCAGACAUGGCCAAGUGGGGCCAGGGCGACCCGCGCUGGAUCGUGGAGGAGCGCGCGGACGGGACCAACGUGAACAACUGGCACUGGACAGAGCGAGAUGCCACCAGCUGGUCCAAGGGGAAGCUCCGAGAGCUGCUGGUGGGCAUCCUGGUGGAGAACGAGGCUGGCCGCUGCGAGAUCAGCGAGCUGAAGCAGGUGGAAGGCGAGGCUUCCUGCAGCAGCCGCAAAGGAAAGCUGAUUUUCUUCUAUGAUUGGAACAUCAAACUGGGCUGGAGAGGUACAGUUAAAGAAUCUGGUGUAAAGCAUAAGGGGUUGAUUGAAAUACCAAACCUUUCUGAGGAAAAUGAAGUAGAUGACACUGAGGUGAACGUGAGUAAAAAGAAAGGUGAAGGGGAUAUACUGAAGGAUCUUAUGAAAACUGCAGGCACUGCCAAGGUCAGGGAAGCGCUUGGAGAGUACCUGAAGGCACUAAUGACGGAAUUUACAAUGGGAAUGAUUUUACCAACAAAAGCUAUGGCAGCCCAGGAAAUGACUGUUAAAAGGAAACUGACUGAGAAUACUCUGCAGAUCCAGGCUUCACCUCCUGUGACACUGGGUGUGAAGAUUCCCACUGUUGCACUGCAGAUGAUGGAUGUGUUCGACACAGCUGUGGAGCAGCUGUAUAGCAUCUUCACUGUGAAAGAUUUGGUGGAAAAAUUUUCUAACUCACCUGCUGUAGUAGAAGCUGAAAAGGGAGGGAAAUUCCAAAUGUUCGAUGGGAAUGUCACUGGUGAAUAUAUAGAACUGCUAACAAAUAAAAAGAUCGUCAUGAAAUGGAGAUGUAGGAACUGGCCAGAAGAACACUAUGCAACAGUUGCACUGAGUUUCGUGUCCACUCCAGGGCAAACGGAAUUACACUUGGACUGUAAAGGAGUUCCUGUCUGUAAAGAAGAGAACAUGAAAUUCUGCUGGCAGAAGCAGUAUUUUGAAGAAAUAAAAGGUUUACUGCAGCUGAGCACCCUAAAUGGUUGAAAUAGAUUUUAUAAGGGCAAAACUAUUUUUUUUAAGCAAAAAAAGUGCAAAGUUUACCUCUUCCUUUUAUUCCCUUCUGAAAGAGAAAAAAACCUUCACUUUUACAUGGAGUGGAAUCCAUUAACAAAACAGAAUGUAAAGCAGUGUUUGAAUUUUUA